AUGAAGUGUGAUGAAAUUAAGCCGAUAUGUGGCCCGUGUGCCAAAAAGGAUAAGAUCUGUGAUUACACCAACUUGAAUCAACACAGCCUCGACUCUUCAGCCACCAACAAGGUUGUUCCUGAGAACCUUCCAAUUUUGUCAACAGUGCAGCCAAUACCGCCUCUGGAACAGAAUAAUAACCAUCUAUCAAGUGAUCACAACGCAGGACAAGUGAACUACCAGCUCCAUGGAGCCUCUGACCAUGCCAGGACUGUUUCGGAAGCGGACCUUAAUCCUUCUCCACCAGCCAUGCUGGAAUAUCGGCUGGAAAAUGAGCAUAUUCCGAGCCAUAGUCCGGGAGGAAUGCAUGGGGAUUACUUGUCACCAUCCACCACGUCAUUGGCGGCGGUACGAUGGUUAGGCUUACUAGCAAGUGGUUUUCCCAGCGAUGGCCCACAGUUAUCGACUCUCUCUGAUACCUGGGAGAGCCAAAGCCUCUCACUUGGAUACCGGGGUGGUGAUGUCCCCACACAAACCAGCUCGCUACAGCGAGCGACUCAGGUUUUGGAUGGCCCUCCUGGCAGGUCGGCCAGCCAAGACGUGACAGAUGACCGCUUCACUGAAAGCACUACAAUGACGGAGAGGCAGGUUUGGCAGUCACGGGAGCCAAUAGAUCUCUUACCAACAGAACAAACAUUGUUUGAACAUUUCGUACAUCAAGUUAGCCCCUUGGUUGGUCAUUGCACUAUACCUCUGACUGGUGUGCCCUCGCCUGAUAACAUUCCCUCACAGAUCGAUCUUUUUGACCCAACAAACAAAUUCUCUACGUUAGUCGUGCACCUAGCAUUGCACAAUGCUGGGCUUCUAAAUGCCAUACUAGCUCUUUCCUUUCGGCACCUGGCCUUAAACCCUAGUCUAGAUGAUCAAAGCAUCACAAGCAAGCCGGAAGAGGCUCUUCAAUACUACUACCAAACCCUUCACUACGUGGGUCGGGCUAUGCAAUCUAGUGCUUACAAGAUGAGCCUGGAGCUGUUGUCAACUGCCCUCAUAAUUUCCACCUACGAAAUGCUCGACAAUUCUACAGAUGACUGGGAGCGUCACCUAGAAGGGGUUUUCCUGAUUCAAAGGUCUCAAACGAUACACGGGGAAACUGGAGGGUUAAAAUCGGCAGUCUGGUGGGCAUGGCUGUGCCAGGACAUCUGGGCUGCUUUCCGCGAGAAACGUAAGACCCUUACGUUUUGGGUUCCACAAAAGCCUCUCUCUGUGUUAUUACCGCACGAGCUCGCCGCGCGCUCUAUCUAUAUCGCCGCAAAGGUGGUCAGUUACUGUGCGGCUGAGACAACCCAAGAAAACAUCCAGCAUCAAAUUGAUGAGGCAAUGCGACUUCGGAUUAUGCUGGAAGACUGGCAGCGGCAUCUGACUGUUGAGUUCUCCCCCUUACCAAUUAGGUCACGCGAGGCUUCAUCAUGCUUUCAACCUGUAUGGAUUAGCCCGCCUGCGUUUGUGCAUCCAGCAUAA